GAAAAGGAGAAAGAGCCAAAAAAGAAAGCCAAAAGUGCUCCGAAAAAGAAGAAAGAUUCAGGCACAGACGAUGACGACGAUGAUGAGGAUGAUGAAGACACUCCCAAAAAGAAGACAAAGAAAAAGACGACAAAGGACAGCUCUCCAUCUGCGAGUUCUGCCAAAGAGAAGAAAUCUAAAUCUAAAGAGGACAAAGAUUCUGACAUAAAAGAGAAAAAGUCUAAAUCCAAAGACAAAGACAAGAAGAAAGAACCAGCUUCAAUGUUCCAAAUAAACGGAGAGAAAGACUCAAAAGGCAAGAAGAAAGCUGCCAAAUCUGACAGUGACGACAGUGAGGAAGAGACAAAGUCGAGUAAAUCAAAGAAGAAAUCCACCGCUGGCUCAGCAUCCAUGUUCCAAACAUCAGGAGACAAGGACAAAGAGAAGAAGACAAAGAAAAAAGCAAAGGCAGAAGAUAGUGAUGAUUCUGACUCAGAAAAAGAAGAAAAAUCAAAGAAGAAGAAGGGCAAAGGGAAGAAGAAAAAGGAAAGAUCUCCUUCACCUGAGAUCGAGUUUGAUGACUUGGAGAAGUUUGUGUUGCAGUCGGCUCCACAGGGUACAACUAUCAAGUGCCGAGUGACUCGAGACCAGAGAGGAAUGGAUAAGAGUCUCUAUCCACUGUAUUAUCUUCACCUCGACAAUGAGAAAAAGACCUUCCUGCUGGCUGGAAGGAAGCGAAAGAAAAGCACAACAUCCAAUUACCUCAUCUCUAUUGAUGCCACAGAUUUGUCAAGAGGAGGAGAGAACUUUGUUGGAAAGCUGAGGUCAAAUUUAAUGGGGACAAAAUUCACUGUGUUUGACAACGCUUUGAAUCCAGAAAGGGCUCUUCCAGACCUGUCGAAUGCACGGCAGGAGUUAGCAGGAAUCAUCUAUGAAACAAAUGUUUUAGGGAUGAAGGGUCCUAGGAGGAUGACGGUUGUUAUUCCUGGAAUGGACAAGGACAAUGAGCGAGUACCUCUACGACCACGAAAUGAAUGUGACGGCUUGUUGUUGAGAUACCAAAAUAGAAGGAUGGAAAACUUGAUCGAGCUUCGAAACAAGACGCCGGUGUGGAACGAGGAGACUGCUUCUCAUGUGCUCAACUUCAAUGGCAGGGUCACCCAGGCCUCCAUCAAGAACUUCCAGAUAGUCCACAACAAGGACUUGGACUACAUUGUGAUGCAGUUUGGACGAAUAGCUGACGACAUUUUCACGCUGGACUUCAACUACCCGCUGUGUGCCGUGCAGGCGUUCGCCAUCGCUCUCUCCAGCUUCGACGGGAAGAUCGCCUGUGAAUAACCCAAAGAUCUUCACAUAGAAACCUGAACACAACACACCCAAAUCACAACAUCACAACAUGUCAUAUCUUUGGACACCGCCUCUAAUGCUUCCUGUGAUAGAUGCUGAUAACAAAUACUGGUUCACUGAUUGUGACUGCACCUGCUGCUGGGCUGCUGCCUUCAUGGGUGUGUUUUUCCCUGAGAAUCUAAAUCCAUCUCAUAUCUUUACCUGAUCUGAUACGGCAUGACGAGAGACAGUCGUGGCUUUUGUCUCCUUCAUUCAGUGGAAAUGUCUUUUUUAAAACUUAGUCAAACACUCACCACGUUUUUAGGGAAUUAUGAAUGAUAAAUGUGUUCGAAGAGAAUUUAUUCUGGUUUUGGUAUGGGUUAUACAGCACAGCUGUGAGUUGAACUUUAUUCAGACCAGCUGGUCUUUAAUGUGAUCUUACAAACACACCAAAAAUAUAUUCAUAAUGAUAUUCAUAAUGUGAACGGUCUCAUGAGGCAAAAAUCAAUAUAGCAAACACUGUUAGUUAAA